UUUUGCUUCGAGCAGAUAGACAUCCUGAGCGACAGGGACCGCGGAAGGUACUCCUUCACUCAUCGAGCUAGGCUCCAUAGUGCAACGUGCGCGAUUUUCACGUCAAGCCUGUGUGAUCUUUUGUCACUAUUGUGAGGGAACAAUAACAUACACGUGGACGUACCUAUUUUUCUCUUGCACCAAAUCUUGCAAUCCUCACAUCGUGUGACUAGACAACAAUAUCGAUUUUGUGGCUGUCUCAGAAAAUCAUGACGUUAUUACCGCCAACGCCAGCGCAACAGAAACGUAUAGAUAAGGAACUUGCACCUGACCCGGAAGUGAGAAAACAAGAUAUCAGAACGCUUCGAGAAUGGCUCUCGAAACAGCCGCAUUUGCCGAAUCACAUAGACGACGCCAAACUGGAGAGAUUUCUUUUCAAUUGCAAGAACAGUAUCGAGAGAUGUAAAUUAAUCUUGGAAAGAUACUACACCGUCCGAACGUCCUUGCCGGAAUUUUUCGCCGCUCGAGACCCACUGUCUCAAGACAUUCAAGACUGCUUCACGACCAUUGAAUGCGUCGUUUUGCCGUCAUUAACCGAGGAAGGAUACCGUGUCACCAUCUUCCGAUUACGUAAUCCCGACAUGGAGAAGUUCUCGGUACAAGCGAUAGUCAGACGCGUUUUAAUGCAACUUGAUAUUCGUUUGCUGGAGGAAGUCUGCUUGUCCAAUAUUUUUGUUUUGGAUCUCGAGAACUUUAGUAUGCCGCACAUUGCAAAAUUCAUUCCAACGCAAUCUAUCGUGAGGCGCGCAAUGUUGGCAGUGCAAGGUAGUAUGCCUUACCGAUUGGCUGGCGUUUAUUUUCUUCACGCACCGUCGUUCAUCUCUAAUUUAACUAACAUAUUUUAUCCACUUUUGAAAGAAAAGUUGACUCAGAAGUUUUAUAUUUUUAAUGGUGGCGGGGAAGAAUUACAUGCUCACCUAAACAAGGAUAUACUUCCUAACGAAUGGGGUGGUAAAGCAGGCACUUUUCGAGAAUUAAAUGCUGCGUGGCAGGAAAAAAUUGAAAAGAAUAGAGAUUGGUUUUUACGGGAUGAAAAGCUGAGUCGCACGAACGAGAAGGCACGUUUACUAGAAUCGAAAGCAUCCUGUGUUAUGAUGGAAUUCGAAGGAAUUCAAGGUUCAUUUCGAAAAUUGAAUAUAGAUUAAUGAUAAUCUCUAUUAUAUAAAUUGUAUAUAUUCCUUCAUUAGCAAACAAAAAUGUUUGUUAAUCCACAUAACUUGUUGUAAUUCGAUUAAAAUUACAACGUAUGAAAAUCAUAUAACGAAACAAAGAUGUAAAAUUGCAUAUAAUUAUACGGUAAUGGAUUUAUUUUUAAGCGGUAAGGGAUUUAUAUUUAAAAAAAUAAAAUUUGAUACAUCGUAGAACUAAGUGCUUCUGGAAAAUACUAAAAUAAAAAGAUACGUUGUUUAGUUGAGAACAUAAAGAACUAAUCUCUUAUUUAAGAACAAUAUAUUUAUGUAUUUAGAAUAAAGAUUAAAAGGUUUUAUUAAAUUAUCAGGUUUUGUGUUUAGA